UUGACGCUCUUGUUCCGUCCGCUUUAUAGCAUGGUACAUAUUUUGCUUGAUGGCGUCGCUAUCGCAGACAAUUGCACAGCAUUGAGUCGGUAAAAUGUCCAACCCAGAGAACAAGRAACUGAAACAACUCAAUAAUAACAUCAAAAGUAGUAAUAAUAAAAAUAAUAAUGUUAAGCCACAGCAACAGCAGCAGCAGGAAAGGAGGAAGAAUAAAAAGAUAGACAAGGUUCAAUGUGACGGCAGAUUGAAAAUUGUAAUAAAUAGAGAAAAUGAAUUGCGAGCCAGAUGGCCGGAACGGUGGGGAUUUUAUUCGAAAAAUAACGUGGAAAAAUUGUGGAGCGAACAGGCUGUCAGUUUAGGAUUACCGGAAAAUUUUAUCGAUCUCAGAAGACAAAAAUUACGUAAACAAGAUAGAAUUCAACCGUUGAUCAAUGCUGUACCAUCACCAAUGUGCAUUCCCAUAACGUCAUCAGGUUUUAUAGGAUGGCGUUCUGCGCAAGGAAUUUGUAAUUUAGAAAUGUUUGGCAGGACUUUUGAUAACAAUAAAUUAGAUACUAGAAUGUUGAAACCGGAUAAUGAACCCGAUCAAAAACAACAAAGAUUUAUAAUUCUAGGAUAAAUUAAUGUUUGUGAAAACGAAGGUUUUAAGGACAAUAAUAAUAAUAAUAAUAAUAAUACACUUAUCACUCA